AAGAGAAAGAAAAGGAAAAGGAAAAAGAGAAAGAGAAAGAGAAAGAAAAGGAAAAUGUAAAAGGGACGGAGAAGGAGAAUCAUGUAGAGCACAUCGAAACCUCUGUCGGCGAAAGUCAGGGGAAGAAAAAACAAAAAUCUGCGAAGAAAGGGAAAGGGAAGAAAACUGGAGAGAAGGUAGAAGAGAACGGGGUAGAUGAGAAAAAUGCUAAGUCUGAUGAUCUGACAGAGAAACUCUCCAAGGACAUUGGAAGAGAAGAGGACCGAACCAGUGAACCAACAGUCGGUGAUAAUACUGAGAUUAAGUUGGAUACAAACAUUGAUAUGGAUGCAAAGAAGACUGCUAGAGACGAUACUCCCAAUGAAAUAUCUAAAGCCAAGGAUUCGAUUGAUAAGCUCGACAAAGCCCCAAGUCCCGUUCAGCACAGUGUCUUCAAGUCUUUCUUCAGCACAGAAUUGUCUUUCGAUGAUAUUGAUCGCCAAAUAGAGGCCAAGCGUAUUCAGUUGGCACAAGAAUCUUCUGUGAGCAAUGUGUUAUCUCCUCGAUAUGAAUCUCUGAAUGAAGAUAGACCCUGGACUCCGUCCCAACUUCUGCUGAGUACAGAUCCUAGACCUCCCUCAACCCCACCCUCCUUGACUCCGGGUCCGAAGAAGAGAGUAACUAUUGCUGACUAUAAGAAGAGAAAACAAGCAUAUAGAACGGAUUCCAUUGACGAAGCUCCUGAGAAACCUCUAGAUACUGUUCUUAACACGCUUAUUUCUACUUCACCCGUCACAACUCUGCCAGAACUCCCUGGACUAGAGACCCGGAGAUCUAAACCCGCAUCUCCUAUCUUCGAGAAGAAGAACCGAUCCAUUUCUCCACUCACGGAGAUGAAAACUAAAACCAGUCCGAAACUGACGGAGCGGAGAACCCGAUCCAGUCCACAGAUAUUUGAGAACAAAGUCCGAUCAAACUCUCCUGGGUUCGAAAGGAAGCAAAAAUCUGGUUCUCCUGCCAAACUCAAGGAUAGGGUUGCGUCUCCGAGGAAAGUCGCACCAACUCUCCCUAGAUCUGAGAAAUGGGAAUCCAAACCCAAGGAACCAUUAAACAAAGUUCGAACGCCUACUCCAAGCAAUAGUUUAAAACGAAGCCGUGAGCCUGCUCCUGGUCCUAAACCUAUCCAACCCUCAGUUCCUUCAGCUCUUAUCCCUCCCGCCAUCUAUAUCCCUCGUCCUCACAUUCCAACCCCAGAUGAACCCAGAGAAGAUUUAACCGAGAGACUUAGGAAAGAGUUUGGUUUAAACAUUGAGGAUAGUGAUGGGGACGGAAGUGAUUCUGAAUCCUCAGAACCGUCCCCGGACCAUGAGUUCUCUCAGAGAACACGGACCAAUGGUCCAUCCCGAGAUUGGAACGAGGACAUUGGUCACUGGAACCGUGAUAACCAGCGGCGGGAACCUUCACAAAGAAACGGUCAACUAUAACGUCAAGCUUUAUCGGUCAGCUCUAAUCUUCCUGCUCUAUCCCCUGAACUCCCAAGGGUUCACAGAUAAUCCUGGAGCCGUGUUUAUGUAUUAACGGAACCAGCCCACGCGUAAUAUAAAAUCUCAUUUUUGCACUUACAAACUCUUCUUUCAAACAAGAGGAUAUUUUUCUUGCUUUAUUUAGUUUAUGGAUUCUUUCUUCUCUUUACCUGUUAUUAUUCGUGGCAUUAAAGGCUUUUGAACGCAUUAAAGCAGUAAAUUUAUGUAUGAAUGUGAUAAAACUUCCUUUUUUGCCCAGUAUGUCCACUGAAUUGUUAAAGGACGAAAUUUUGGUAUUUGGUUUGUUCAAGAUAGAUGUAUCCGACCAUAGGGCGGACACUGCAAGUACAAAUAAUUGUAGAUACAAAACAGAACGAGAAAUAAAUCUAUCUAUCUUUAGA